UCCAACUUUAUUUACCGCUAUACAGCACUUCCUAUAACUGGAAAUUCUGGCAAGUUCUAAAGCUAUUUACGAGGUUAGAACUCACACAUCUUCAAUUGCUCAAACAGAAAGGGUUAUCUACAAUUGAUAAAAAAGUGCAUAUUCGUUGAUCAAAUGGAGAUAAAUGGAGUAAAUUUAUUUCAAACGCUGGAGAUUUUUGGUCAUUCAGGAAUAUGUAUUGCACCUGAAAAGGCUCAAUUAUUAAAAAAUUCAUUAUCUCUUCUAACUCAUGAAAAUCAUUUCGACAAAACAUAUUACUGGGGAAAAAUAAAUGGAGUAAAAAAUGAUUAUUAUAUUGCUUAUGGAUAUUCAAAAGAUUGUUUGAAAAAUCGAGUUUACUUUUAUAGCAUGAAUUGCAAUGAUUGGUGGUUACUUCUUAAAGUAAAUGAAUCAGAAGAAUUAAUAACCCCUUUGGUAUCAGCUCCAUUUCAAGGAGAUCCAACAUUUAUAUCUACUGUUCAUGUAGAUGAAUUAUUGAGUUACAACAAUGACGAAAAAAUAAUUAAGGUCUAUCAGACUGGUGGAUUGCUGUAUAAUUUGAAAGAAGAAAAUCGGUUAGCAGCAACAGUUAAAUUAGUGACUGACGAAGCAAUGAUUAUACCUCGUGGAAGUUGGAUUAAAAGACCAAACGGUGAUAUCACUGAAAAUGAGGCUUUUGAAGGUUUAGAUUUAAACAAAGCAUUACAAACCAAAUACUAUCUUCAUACUAGACUUUCCCAAAAAAGUAAAACUUAUAAUGUGAUGAGUAGCAGCUUCCAUGAAUAUGCUUUCGAUUUCUUAGAUAAUUUAGAAGGAGAUGUACCUAAAGGAUGCUGGAUUAUACAACCACAUCUAAGACAUAAUAUGGUUAUUAUACGAAGUAUGUAUUGGCCAGGGAUGACAUUUUACCAACAAAUUAAUUCACUAAAUCAUGGAUGUCUUUAUGUAGGCAACGGAAUUAAAAACUUUAGUGUACCUUUUAUGAUUUAACUCAUACUAUUCUAUAUCAUGAAAUAUGGGAAUGAUACAUACCAAUGACAUUAUUUAUUAUUAAUAUAUGAUUCGUAAUGCAUAUAUUUGGACUACAAAAAUGGAAUUCUUGUCGACUACUUAAAAAUUCUGGUGAUAAAUUAUUCAACAUAAAUUCCAAAAUCCAACAAUAGAUAUGAUGAUAUCAUUCAAGAUGACAGAAUUGAAAUAAAUCUUUUCUUAUUUAAAUUUUAUCUGAAUUACAAAUGAAAUACUACAUGGUGAAAAAAUUUCAAGCCUACCUGUGGCGAUAAGAGAAUAA